GGCGCCGCGAGGCGGGCGUACUUCCGCCAUCGCAUCAACCCGUGGCUGGAGGGACGCGUCGUCCCGGGGAGCGCGGCUGGCACCAUGUUUCUGACCGCCCUCCUCCGCCGCAAUCGCAUUCCUGGUCGGCAGUGGAUCGGGAAGCACCGGCGGCCGCGGAUCGUGUCUUCGCAUGCGAAGCGGAACAUGCUCCGUCGCUUGGAGAUCGAGGCGGAGAACCACUACUGGCUGAGCACGCCCUACCUGAGCGCCGAGCAGGAGUUCGGCCACGCCGCGGCGCGCAGGGCGGCCGCCUUCGAGGCCAUAAAGGCAGCCACGACCUCCAAGUUCCCCCCGCAUCGGUUUGUGGCGGACCAGCUCAGCCAUCUCAAUGUCACCAAGAAAUGGCCCUAACCCUGAGCCGUUAUCCUCCGAUGUUGUAGAUCUUGAGGCUGCCCUGUCUUUACCAGAUUCUGGAACUGAAAACUGUGGCUUCUAUUAAAAUGUCAGCCUUUGGACCAGUCUUAUUAAAACAGAUAUGAGCACAAUGGUCUGCGUAUAAAAUAUCUGGGGUGCUCAGCUCCCUAAUACUUAAAAAGUGUCAUUACUGUCAUUUUGCGUUUCUUUAGUCUGAUAGGAAGAUGUCGGGGAUUUCCUGGCUCACUACGAACUCUGAUUUGGAUCUUAGCUUAAGCAUGAGAUACUUGAUGGGGGGGGCUUUAUCAUGCAACAUGAGUUUGCUUACCUUCUGUCAAGAAUAAUUGCCCAAAUUUAAAUGGAAGUAUGAGCUUUUACAGUUAAACUCCAUUUUCUUCUGGGAUUUGACUACUGAAAGUGGACAUUUAAAUGAAGAAAAGGGUAUUUAUCAAAACCGUUACAUGAAAAUGUUUUUAAUAGCUUUUUUUGAAGUGCAAUUUAACAUACCAUACGAUUCACCAGUUGAAGAUGUUUUUUAUGAAUGCGCAGGUUAGGUCCCACAUUGCUCACGGAAUUAGUGGAGGGCGUUUGUGGUAUAUAUGUAACUUGAGGUGCUUUUAAAAAACAUUUUUUUUGGCAGCUGGCCAAUCGGGGGAUCCGAACCCUUGACUUUGGUGUUAUAACACCUAACACCGCACUCUGACCAACUGAGCUAACUGGCCUGUGAAGAUGUUUUUAAAAAUAAUUUUGUUCUAAAUAUAAUAAAAAUAGUCAAGCACUUUGGCAUCCUA